AUGGCAAUUAUCCCUUACAUGCAAGCAGUGUUGGAGUCUAGACUUUACGAAGAAGUUCAUCCAUGCAGCAUUUGCAGGGUUCCAAACAAACUUCGAGACCUAAAAGAGGACGCUUACACGCCAAAGUCUAUCUUUAUAGGACUCUUACCCAGGGGAGAAACGAACUACCGCCAAGUCCAAUUGAUGGUAGGCAUUAAAUGGCAAUACAUGAACAGGUUUCUGCUUCAAGAAAACCAGCAGAAUGUACCAGGAACAUUCGACACAAGGUUAAGUGCAUGUAGCGAAGAUAUUCCCAUAUUUGAAAUAGACAUCCGCGCAAGCUAUGAUGGUAGCAUCUUAGGUUCAGAAUUAACUACAGAUGUUAUCGGGAGAAAAAUGAUAUUGGAUGGUUGUUUUCUGUUACAGCUUCUCAGUAGACUUGAACACCCAACAAUAGAUCCCCAAGACCCAAUAUUUGAAACCAGGGAAAAGAUGUGUGCUGCUGUGAACGACAUCACAUUGCUUGAGAACCAAAUACCCUUCAUUGUUCUCAAGAAGUUAUACAGGAAAACCAUCGGCGAAAGAUUUGUACCCGAGCACGAUAACCCGGUUGAUCAACAUGUGGAGAUCCGGAUCGAUCAUCGGGUUGAUGUUGAGCAGAUUGAUAAUGGUGCGGGGGUCGUCAAUGCCCCUGUUGCUGUUAAGCUGAUUAAUAAUGGUGCGGAGGUCGUCAAUCCCCCGGUUGCUCAACAUGUGCAGGUUUGGAACGAUCAUCGGGUUGCUAGAAUUGUGCAGAGGGCAUUCGGUUACCCUCUUCAGAAUACCAGGGGCUGUGCUCAUAUACUUGAUUUAAUGCACUUUUCUACUGUGGAAGACAGCCGGAUUAGAGAUGCAAAGCCAGCAAGGCAAGAGCUAGUUCGAUGCGCUACUAGUCUUCUAGCUGCUGGGAUAAUCAUCAUUCCAGUACCCUGCCUGGUGGAACGAAAUCCCCAGGUACUUGAUUUGACGGAUACAUUCGACUUUAAUAUACGUUUGGACUAUAUAACGGGGGAGCUACGAAUCCCGGUGUUGAAUUUCAAGGAAACAACGGAAGUGAGGUGGAGGAAUUUGAUUGCUUGGGAGCAGAGCAAAAUUAACAUUAGAUGCAAAUAUACAUCCUAUGCUCUUUUCUUCAAAGGUUUGAUAUGCUGUGAAUCUGACAUUGGAUUGCUUCAAGAAAAAGGGGUUAUAGUACUGGAUGGGUGUGACAGGAGCAGGAAAGAUUUGAUGACACUAUUUAGCACCAUCUCUCAGGGAGCAGAACAUAUGGAUUCCAGUUUCACUGAUAUUUGUACUAGUUUGAAUAACUACAUGAGCAUGAGAUUCACAAUGAUUAUUCUCUUUAGACUUAUGUGGCAUAAAUGCCGGAUUGGUUAUGAGACCAGUAGGAACUUUAUUCGAGAAGGUCGCGAAAUGCAAUCUACUCGUUGGAAAAUCGUAGGAGUUUUGGCUGCUACAGCGCUGAUUAUUCUCUUUAGACAAUCCACUAAUAGCUUUUAUUAA